AUGGCCAAUUGGGAAAAUGUAAACGAAACCACACUAACCGACGCGAAAAGAAUCCGAAUCAUGUUUGAUUCAGUGCUUUUCUGUGCGAGACAAGGCAUUGUUAUGAAAGGACAGAUUAAAAAACCUAUGUACCAAUAUAGCGAUGAUGAAUGUGAUAACGAUGACCAGGUGACGGCAUUAUCAAGCUUCUUAUUGCGGGCUGCAAACAAUGAUUUCAAUCCAACAUCUGAAUUGAAAAGGCUGUCCAAUGCAACUGCCCUGACCAAACAAACGCAAGAUCGGAUCCUAGAAACUUGUCGAGAAAUGCUCACUUCCAAAAUAGUCGCAGAAGUAAAAGAAGCGCAGUUCUUUACACUUAUUGCUGAGAAGACCUUGAAGGAUGAUGAUGGGGUCCGCAUUCCACUGUUUGUCAGAUUUGUUGACAAGAACUUAAAAAUUCGAGAAGAGCUAUUGCAGUACGUCUCUCGUGGUACCCGUGGUCCUGAUGAAUCUUGGGGAGAAACUAUUGGCAAGAAUAUUGUACGUGUGAUUACAGAGUUAGGUUUGAGCAUGGAGUUCUGUCGAGGCUUAAACUUUGACAGUGGUGAUAAUGUACUCAAGGUUUCAGAAGUGGUCAGGAAAAUACAGGCUGAUUAUCCAAAAGCAAUAUAUGUCCAUGCAAGAUCUGAUCUUUUGAAUGUCCGUAUCGCGUCAACAUGUGAGAUAAUGUUUGUGUUUCACACGCUGUAUAAAAUAGAAUUCACAGCAAAGCUUUUCACAGAAGAGAAAGAAAUCAAGGAAUUGCUCGAAACUAUGAUCAAGGAAGUUAUGCCAGAUUCGGAGCGCUCACGUUUGAUUGAGCUGAGCCAAACCAAUUGGGGUGAAACAGCACAGAGGUUUGGCAAUUUGGUUGAGUUGUUUCCAGCAGUAAUUGCAACAUAUGAUGAAGUUUGUGAAGGUUCAUGGCGAAAAUAUAUUAGAGAUGACGAUAAAAGGUUUACAGCUUCUGGUAGGUCUCCAAUGUGUAUUACUACAGGAGGAAACCUAAACUAACCCCUUUACUCUACUUUAUUAUAAUAGUGCAGCCCUUAUUUUAUUGACAAUUUUAUUCAUUAAGGGGGAAGUGCUGCCAUUCAGUGGGCUAUAUUUCAAAGCUCUAUCCAAUUUGAAAUAUGUUUUAUUUUGAUACCAUCAGGUGUUUCAUUGGGGAUGCUCGAAUUUCAGUUCAUUAUAUGCAUGGUCAUUGUUACAAACUGCUUGGAGUUGACGCUCGAUUUAACAGAUGAACUACAGAAAGCUUGUUACAACUCUAGCACAAUCUGUGAAAAGGUGGGAGCUCUAUAAGUUCUAAGCUGUUCUCUUCAAAAGUCAUCUCUUAUUGUUUCAGUAUUACUUCAGGAGGAAACCUAAACAAAAUUAACUUUAUUUAUAUACUAAAUAGCUUGAAAGUGUUCCUAUUAAAACAUGGUUCACACUUGCAAUUUGGUCGGCUAUUUUGUGUUUCUCGUGGAUGCAAAUGAGUGAACUCACACACAAAAGUAUAUAGUCACUUUUCAGCUAGAAGAAGUAAACAAUUCUUUUGCAUGUCAUUCAUUUGAUCACAUUUUUUGCCAGGAGUAGAAAAAUCGCCGACAGAAUUGCGUAUGUGAACCACUGCUCUUAAAGAUCCAACAAAAUCGCAAAGUUUAAAUUAUCAGACAACUAAGAAUCAAACCACAUGGUCACAGGUUCAUACUGAUAACUUAUGAAACUUUUGCUAUUGAUUCUAUAGGUGGCAGAACUUCUGACGAGACUUGAUGAGCUCAAAUCCAACAUUGAAGAACGACACUCGGCAUGGUACGAGAAAGCGGUCGACUUGGCAACAAAAAUUGAUAUCAAACCAGAGAAAGAAAAAAUCUACGGCUCGAAACCCAAGACGACUCAUGACCCGAAUGAAUCUAUCUCUGAGCAUUACCUGAAAUUGAUCACCUUGCCAUUUCUUGACCACAUGAAAGCGCAAAUCGAGCUGCGAUUUUCACAAGCCAGCUUAGAUGCCUUGGAUGGCUUGGCAAUGAUGCCUAAUAAUGUUGUGAGCAAUCCAAAAUCAUGGAAAACAGCGGCCUCAAGGUUUAUGGAAAGGUAUAAGCACGACCAACCAGAUGAUAUCUAUUAUGAUGCAGAGCUUGGCCUUUGGGAAGCAUCUUGGGAAAUGUAUAAAGGUACACCACCCAAUACUGCCCUGGAACUGUUGUCAACCAUGGCCACAAAAUUCAAGUAUACGACUCAAGUCCAGACUGCAUUCAAGAUUUUUACCACCCUACCAGUUAUCCCAACCGAAUCUGAAACACCGAGGGUUAUGCCUUUUAUUCAUGAAGAGUUAUGCUUGUAUUCAAUGUCGGAUAAUUAUCUGAAUGCCCUCGCCUUGUUGAGCAUUCGAGGGAAAGAAUUGGAAACAGAAGAUGUUAUUGAGUGUUUUAAGAAGAAGUAUACUUUGCCAAUGAUGGCAGAUGCUUGA